UUCUGUUAUUGCCUGCUUCACAGCGGUAGCAAAAAAAAAUGCUAGCUAACACAUGUAGCUAGCUAUAUAUUUUAACGUUACGUGAAUGAGUGAGGGCGAAAUGUCAACUUACAAUAUGUUCCAGUCAGAAACAACAUCGAUUAUGGCUUUUGUCGUCGAGACUGUAAUGAAAGAAAUUAGCCAUCUUUCAAACGCGCAACACUCGGACGCUAACGACUGCAGUAAAUCUGAGAGAGAGGUGAGCGCUGACAAAUACUCUACUGAGCAGCGUGAUGACGGCUUUGCACCAUAAUGAAUCUGGUGAUGGGGGAGGCUAUUCGUAAAAUCUGCCAACUAUUCCUCGUGGCCUCCUCACGUCUACAAAAUGAAAAUGGGAAACUGAAGACCAAGAUGGAGCAGAUGGAGGAAGAUAUGAAGACAAUAACUGAGAAGGCUGAACAUUAUAGAAUGUCUCUAGCUAAAGUGCAGGCACAAGCAGAACCGAAAGGACCUACCCAUGUUCUGCACAAUGGAAUCAUCUUUGCAAUUAAACCACUUGAUCUCCCAGUGUUGCCUGGAAUGACAGCGGGUUCAGCAUUGCCAGGGAAUGUCAGUCAAGCAAACCCUGUGACUAACGCAACAUCAGUCCGUGCAGGUCCUGCAAUGGUUUGCAGUAAACCCACAGAGACGUCUUCAUUGGAGAAUGACUCCUCUCUGGGAGACACAGAUGGACUGAAUACAGACCUCUCCCCAAGAGACACUGAAUCCAACCUUGAGCAUAUGAGAGCUGCUCUGCCAGAGGGCAACGGGAGAGACAGCCAUGAAAGCCAGAAAAACAGCAAUACUAAAGGGACACGAUCCAAAGAAACCAAACGCUUCAAGUGUGAUGUUUGUGAGAAGACCUUCAGCAAGAAAGAGUUGUUGAGAGUUCACAAGUUAACGCACAUGAGACCCUUCAAGUGUGAUGUUUGUGACAAGGUCUUCAACCUGAACCGCUUGCUGGUACGUCACAAGCUACUUCACACAGGAGAGAGGCCAUUCGCUUGUGGUCAAUGUGGCAAAACAUUCAGAAUGUCCAAGCAGCUUGAACAUCACAUGUUGCGUCACAGAGAAAAAACAUUCAGUUGCAAAGUUUGCGAAAGUAUAUUCCCUACCAAGAAAGAUCUGACACAACAUCGGCUUGUUCAUGCAGUGGAGAGACCGUUCAAGUGCCUGACUUGUGGAAAAGGUUUCACAUCAAGGGCCGUGCUUAUGGGGCACGAGAGAAUCCACACCGGUGAAAAACCACACAGCUGCGCUGAAUGUGGGAAGAGUUACAGACUGUCUUAUGACCUAAGUAUUCAUAUGCGAAGACAUACAGGUGAACGUCCACACUUAUGCUCGGAGUGUGGUAAGAGCUUUAUAACUAAAUCCAGCCUUGAAAACCACAAGGUAAUCCAUACAGGGGAGAAGCCAUUUACAUGUGAGACCUGUGGAGCUGCUUUCGGCCAUAAAGCAAACCUUCAGAGACACCAAGUGCUUCACACAGGGGAGAGACCGUACAAAUGUAAAGUGUGUGGGAAAAGCUACCUUCAGUCCACCGACCUAAAAGCUCACAUGCACCGUCAUGGGGCAACCAAACCAUUUAUGUGUGACCUAUGUGGAAAGACUUUCAUUUACAAUUACCAAAUGAGACAGCACAAUAUAAAAUGGCACACAGCUGAAGGAGAGAACAUUCCUGGGGGAGUGGGAACCUCGACAAAGCCAUUCAGUUGUGAUGUAUGUUUGAAUGGCUUCAGCUCCAUGCUAACUCUGAAAAACCAUCAACAAGUUCACACAGGACAAAAUCAAUACUCUUGUUCUGUUUGCGGAAAGACCUUUGCCUAUAAAAAUACUUUGGACUAUCACAUGAAACUUCACAGUGGAGAGAAGCCCCAUGAAUGUAAAUACUGUGGAAGAAAAUUCAUUCUUAAGCAAGCUCUCAAAGGACAUGAGCGAACCCAUACAGGUGAAAAGCCCUUCAAAUGCAGUUAUUGUGACAAGACUUUCUCAGUCAACAGCAAUCUCAAAAGGCAUGAGCGAGUCCACACGGGAGUGAAGCCAUUCAAAUGUGACGUCUGCGGGAGAGGUUUCAGCCAAGCCAACAAUGUCAAAGCCCACAUGCAAGUCCACACUGGAGUUAGGCCUUAUUAUUGCAAGAGAUGUGGAAAGGGCUUUUCUGACAUAAGACACUACAAAAACCAUAGCUGUAAUGGUGUGGCAGCGACACGCAAUCAGUCUCGUAAACCUUCUGACCGUACUUUUAGAAGUAGGAAAGGAGGUAGAGACAGGAGUGCUUGCCUUAAUGCUGCUGUGAUGUAGACUCAGUGAUAUAAUCUCUAUCAUUCACAGUGGGGCAACUUCCUGCUUUCAGACAUCAGGAACAACAUGGAUGUAUUCAGCAGGGUGAAAAGUUCUCGGGUGAGUUUCCCGAAAGCCUCGUAGGAAAUGAAGCAUAUCUGCCGUAAUGCUUGGAGAUUUUGCUAUAAGUCUUAGUCAAUGUUCAUGAGCCCACAUUAUCAUGGAGACGUUGUAUAUUUCUGACUGUGCUCAAUCAUUUACCAUGUGUUUUUUCCUAUUGUGUAAAUCCUUAAACACCGAAUUCAUGUGAAAA